UCUAGAUACUUCGAAAUGAUAAAUUACCUAAUUAUUAAAUUUGUAAUUGAAGUAUUUUGUAAAAUACUUAACAAGUCAUAAAAAAUCAAUUAGUCCAUAAUUUAAAUAUUUAAAUUAAUGUUAAGAUUCAUUGAGACAAAUGAAGAAAUUUUCUAACGUAAACAAACAUAAAAUUGAUAGUCAUUGUGCCGAAAGAUGUUGUGAAUUUGUUUCAUAAGUUUCACUCAAGUUGUGCUGUAUGAAACAAUAAAUUUGACCUUAUCACUUAACCCAUAUAAUCAUGAAUGAACAUUCCGUUCUGUGCGUAUAUGUAAGGCAUAAAUUCGUCUGCUAUUUGUUUGCAAAUAAGUUGUAGGAAAACUGAUACGUGAUUCGAUCAAAGAAUCUUCAUCUGUUGAAUCAGCGCCAGGCGAUAAAUUGACUGAAUUCUUCUCACUUUGAAUUUCUGGUAUAAUGUGGUCGAGAAGCAUUUGACGGAAUAAAUAAGGCUUCAUAUUUCUUGCUAAGUAAUAGAGAAACAACCAAUCUGAGAAGAAGAACUCAUUAGUCACUACAAGCAUAUCCCACGGAUUCAUUUUGCCUGGACAUGCAAAUGAGAAUACAAAGCCAUUGAACCAUGUUGAUCUGUAAUUAUAUCGAAAUAUUUUUAAAGAGAAAUUCAAGUAAUGAAAAGAAAGAAUAUUUUAACCUUGAAUGAAGGCAAACUGUCAUUAAUCUCCAUAAGAGAGAUAAAACUGAAACUACCAACAAAAUGCAAUACCAGAACCAAAGAAAAACAAAUAUUUUCUCGUUGAUUACAUUCAACGCCAUUACACCUAUUAAAAAGAAUGCUAUUUAGGUUAAAGUAAUAAAUCUUUUUCACUGACAAACUCACACAAUGCAUCAUGCUUUUGAAUCGAUCCAGAAGCUCCAUAUUUGUAGAAAUGACAUUUGGUAACUUUUGGGAAUACAAUAUCAAGUGUGUCAAGCAUUCCUUGAAAGUCAUCGCGUAUGAAAUCAAUUCCAAGUGUAAGAAAUUGUCUCCCGAGAAAUAAGUGAGUUAAAUAUAUUUGCAAUAACAGAUUGACAAGAUUAAGGAAUUCACAGAAAACCAUUUUUCCUGCCCAAUUUCGAUUCACUCUUAUGUGGUUCAUGAAAGCAGUUUUGAUUACUCUCAGCUGUAAUAUGAUAAAUUUUAAUGAAUUGACAAUCUAGAACGUUCUAUUCAAUCACCCGCUGUUACCUUUUUCUCUAUUGUUGGCUUUGAAUAAAUCACAUAACUUUUGUUAAUCUGCAAGUCUUCUUCCUUAGCUAAAUAAUUUGAUAAUAAAACUGCUUGCAAUCCAAUUACAAGUGUUUUAAUUUUUCCUCCUUCCCAUGAUCGCCAGAAGAGAUGCGGAAGGUAGAAAGUGAUUGCUUGGGCAAAAAGUACAAAUGGCACCCACUGGUAGUAAGCAUGAUGACGAAUUUCAUCAUCGGGCAU